GUAAAACUUACGGCAAUCGUUGAUGUAACGAGAAACUAGGAACAUGGCUGACGACUCUCGCGAUGAGACGGAUUUGAUCCCCUCAAAAACCCCGAUGCGGCUUCGAAGGAGAAAAGGUGCGCUAAAGAAGAAAAACGUGUACACCAUUAAAGAUCAUAAGUUUAUUCCAAGAUUUUUCAAACAGCCAACUUUCUGCAGCCAUUGUAAAGAUUUUAUUUGGGGCUUUGGUAAACAAGGAAACCAGUGUCAAAUUUGUAGUCUCGUUGUCCACAAACGAUGUCAUGAGUUUGUCACCUUUAAGUGUCCGGGCGCAGACAAAGGCGUGGACUCUGACGACAGCCGGACCAAACACCAAUUUACGAUUCAUACCUAUACAAGUCCCAAUUUUUGCGAUCACUGUGGUUCUAUUCUUUAUGGGCUGAUUCACCAGGGACUGAAAUGUAAAGCUUGUGACAUGAAUGUUCACAAACGCUGCCAAGAGAGUGUCCCGAACCUGUGUGGCUGUGAUUACACUGAAAGACGAGGAAGAAUAGAGCUGAAGGUAGCCUCAAACAACAACAGGCUGACAGUGGAAGUACGUCAAGCUAAAAACCUCGUUCCCAUGGAUCCGAAUGGGUUAUCAGAUCCAUAUGUGAAACUGAAGCUGAUUCCAGAUAUGGGAAAUUCCAUGAAGAAAAAGACCAGAACAAUUCGUGCUAAUUUGAAUCCAAAGUGGAUGGAAACACUGUCUUUGGGUAACGGAAUGAGAGCCAUGAACAUUUGGAUUGAAAAACCAGUACCAUUCUAUGCAGCAGAAAUUGCCAUAGGAUUAUUCUUUCUCCACAGUCGAGCAAUUGUAUACAGAGACUUAAAACUAGAUAACAUUUUACUCGAUCAAGACGGACACAUAAAGAUAGCAGAUUUUGGGAUGUGUAAAGAAGGAGUCAUAGGAGACAAAACCACCAAGACUUUCUGUGGAACACCAGACUACAUUGCACCUGAGAUUAUCUUAUACCAACCAUAUGGAAAAUCUGUAGAUUGGUGGGCCUAUGGUGUUCUCCUAUACGAAAUGUUAGUUGGGCAGCCACCUUUUGAUGGAGAAGACGAAGAAGAAUUAUUUGCUUCCAUCACUGACCAUAACGUUUCUUAUCCCAAAUUUCUUUCAAAGGAGGCUAAGGAAGCAUGUAAAGGGUUUUUAAUGAAGAGUCCUUCAAAGCGUCUUGGUUGUGACAGUACAGGUGAAGAAGACGUCAGGAGUCACCCAUUCUUUAGAAGAAUAGACUGGGACAAGAUUGAAAACAAGGAAGUUCAACCUCCCUUUAAACCAAAAAUUAAAAACCCCAAGAAAGGUGAAAAUUUUGACUCAAUCUUCACCAGUUCCAAAAAAUUCCUGACACCCGCUGACAGCGUGGUGAUCAAUAACUUGACAGGGAGGGAGUUCCAAGGCUUCACUUUCGUCAAUCCAUACUUUGGUCCUCUAACAGCAAAUGUCUAGUACACAACUGCAUGUUACUCAGUUUCCUUAUUUUGUUUAUUUUUGCAUUUAGCCCUCUACUGCUAAGUGUAACACCAUUCCAGAAUGUCUAGUGUUGAUAUUAUUCUAUAGGGAAUUAUAAUCAGGCUUUCUAGACUGCAGAAUCCAAACACCUUCUGAUCUUCCAAAUAUGUGAUAGAAAAUGGAACUAAGCAUCCACACAUUUUAAGAAGCCUUGUUAGAUAGUUUUCAUUAAGAACUGAAUGUCAACUUAAACAAUAGAAAACAUCAGUUACUUUAAAAAAUACGAAGUUCAACGAUUAUUGUGAACUUAAUAAGUAUCAAUGACUUGUUUAAUCUAGGUGUUGAGCUAAGUUUUUCUUAUGGAUAGAUCUUACAAUAUAAGUGAACCAGUCAAUAUUUUCUAAUGUUGCCUCCUUUAAUAAAACUGUAUAUAAAAAUUGAAUUAAUAAGUAGCAGUACAUGUUAAUCACUCGGAAGGGAUCAUAUGCUUCUAUAUAUUUUUUUUUAAUUGUUUGUGAUCUUGUUAGAAAUUAGAACGUUCAACAAGCAAUUCACAUUUUACAUUCACAUUUAUUUGCCUUUUUUCCAUUGAUACUAUCGUUUGCUGAAAUAACAGUAAACAUUAAAAAUCCUAAGGAUGAAGUAACAGAAUAUUUAAUACAUAAUUUUUCAUUUAUUUUGAAUGCCUAUUCAUUGGGUUUUAAGCGUCUAGAUAAAGAUUUGCAAAACGUAAUAGCCGAUUAUUUAAACAAUUGUCGAAAAACUUUAUUUAAGAUAAAUGCCACCAAAGAUGUCUUUUUUUUCCAUUGCAGUAAACAGAAGUGAACGUAUAACUGGUUUACUUUGAGAAACCUGUUUCAGGUUUUAAAUGUGUGUGUGUGUAUACGCUUUCUGAUUUGUUUGAAUCUCACAGUAUUUCCAUUCGGAAAUAUCUCAUAAACCUUUAGCAAGCUAUCAAAUUUCAACAGUGUACAUCUUUAAGCAACUACUGUAGAUAAUGGAUGUAUGUACAGAUAGGUAAAAUAUUAACUGGGUAGUACUAUGGUUUCUAAAC